AUGUCCGAUGGCUCCCGCACGGCGCUUUCGAAGUCGACCUUCCACUUCGCAGCCGGCCUCGGCUCCGGCGUGCUCUCGGCCGUCCUCCUCCAGCCGAUCGACCUCCUCAAGACGCGAGUACAGCAGUCGGGGGCGCACUCGCUCUCCGCCGCCAUAGCCGACAUCCGGGCGGCGCCGCGCCUGCUCCCGGCGCUCUGGCGCGGCGCCGUGCCCUCGGCUCUGCGCACGGGCUUCGGCUCCGCCAUCUACUUCACCUCGCUGAACGCCAUCCGCCAGAGCGCCGCGCGCAUCUCCCCACUACCCUCCAGCAGCAGCAGCACAACAACCUCCUCCUCCACCACCACCUCCUCCUCCUCCUCCUCCCUCCCCAAACUCUCCAACACCUCCAACCUCCUCGCAGGCGCCGCCGCCCGCUCCCUCGCCGGGCUCAUCCUCAUGCCCCUCACCGUGCUCAAAGUCCGCUACGAGAGCACCCUCUACAACUACACCUCCCUGGCCUCCGCCGCGCGCGACAUCGCCGCCCACGAAGGCGCACGGGGCUUCUUCGCCGGGUACGGCGCGACCGCCGUGCGCGACGCGCCCUACGCGGGGCUCUACGUCCUCUUCUACGAGCAGGGCAAGAAACGCCUCAGCCAGCUCUUCCCCACCACCACCACCACCACCACCACAAAUUCCACCCAAAACGGGCCCAUGGGUCUCCAACACGCCGCCAGCAUCAACUUCGCCUCAGGCGUCCUCGCCGGCGUGAUCUGCAGCGUGGUGUCCAACCCCUUCGACGCGGUCAAGACGCGCAUCCAGCUGCAGCCGGGGCGGUACCGCAACAUGGUGUCCGGGGCGCGGCGGAUGGUCGGGGAGGAAGGGGUGCGGGCGCUGUGGGACGGGUUGGCGCUGCGCAUGAGCCGCAAGGCGGUCAGCUCGGCGCUGGCGUGGACCGUGUACGAGGAGUUGAUAAGGAGGGCCGAGGCUGGGUGGCGGGCCGGGGCGGCGAGGGAGAGGUUGUGA